AUGUUCAAAUCAAAGACAAGCCAAAAAGAACCAAAACAGCAGCUAGAAGCCAUGGAUGAAACCACCAUUUCUUUGAUCCUUCAGGCUUGUGAGUUAGCCAGAGACCUCGAAUCAAACCUACACAACUUGGCCAACCAGCCCAACUUGCUCUCAAACUCCUUGGAUGAGAUCACAAAGAAAUUUGAUACAGCCAGAGAGAGAGUGUUUGGUCAAGAUCCAAGUACUUCUUCAAGUCUGCACAACAUGCUUACUCUUGCGCACCAGCAGCAGAUUGGUACAAGUCAUGUACAAGAAUGGCUGAGUUCUAGUUAUGCAACCCAACUUGUAGCUGAUCAGAAGGAAGCUAAGAUUGGAGGCUGCAUCGAUGACGACGAUGCAGAGGUUAAGGGCCUUCAGGCAAUGGAUAUAGUAUCAGCUUCUGACACGAACAUUGCUGCAUCAUCCUCACAAAGACCAAGAAGAAGGAAGGAUCAGGGGUUAAUCAGCAAAAUUACAGUUCCAGCACCUCGGAUUGGAAAUACAGAAAUCCCACCAGAGGAUGGCUUCACUUGGAGAAAAUAUGGUCAGAAGGAGAUCAUGGGCUCCAGGUUCCCAAGGAGUUACUAUAGGUGCACCCACCAAAAGCUCUACGAUUGCCCAGCCAAGAAGCAAGUCCAGAGGCUUAACAAUGAUCCCUUAACAUUUGAAGUAAUGUACAGAGGUGAACAUACAUGUCACAUGUCAGCCACUGCACCUUCAAUUCCACCACCAUCAGCGGAACAUCAUAAUGCUACACAAGAGAGUAUGGCCCAAACCCUAGCGACUACCACAACAGCUGACCCUCCUACAGCAUCUCUAUGGCUUUCCAUGGACUUUAACCCAAUUAGAGGAGGCGGCGGCAGCAGCAGUACGAUGCUAGGUGGCAACCGUGGCGGUGGUGAUGGUGUAGGCACAUCCACCACCACGCGCUACGGUAAAGAAGUUGACUUUCCUGUAGUGGAUUUGGCUGAUGCAAUGUUCAAUUCAGGCAGCAGCAGCAGCAAUAGUAUGGAUUUUAUUUUCCAUUCUGCUGAAAAUAAAUGGGAGUCAGAGGACAAGAAAAACUGA